AUGCUUUAUUCUCGACCUAAAUAUUUGCCAAAAUGCAAUAAUCAUCCUUGUGAGACUAUAGAAUCAUUUGAAAAUGCAUACAAAAACAACCUUAUUUAAUGGUAUUAAAUCAAAUCUCUGCACUACUUAAAGUGAACAACCUACAUGUUCACUUUUUGUUCUUACGAUAUAUAUAUAUUUUAUUAAUUGUGGUAAUUUUAGGGCUAAGAAAUAAAAUGUCAACGAAAUUGCAGUUGUUUCCAAAAAAAUUACAACUUUUAUUAUUAGAAUGUAUAUCUAUGAUUUGUAAGUCGAAAGAUGCAAUUAUGCUUUAGAUGAAUAAAAUCCAAGGUAGAAGUAUCAUAAUUAUCAAAAGAUUCCCUUCAAUAACAGAAGAUAUUAAAAAAGUAUGUUUACUUCGCAAGAGACGUAGUCAUGAAGAAGAAAAAUUACAUUUAGAAUAGGUAUCUUUUAAUUAUAAUAAUAAUAUUAGAAAUUAUUAUCAAAAAUUUAUAUUGUCGAUUAAGAUGAAAUUUUUGAGAAAUUUUGUUUAUAAGGAUCUUUAGAAGAUAAUAUAAACUUAUUAAUAGAAUGUUCAAAUGGUCUUGCAUUUUCUUCAUAACCAAAAGUUUCAUAUAAUUGUAUUACAAAACAGUAUAUUGUAAAUGAUGCUAUUUGGUUUAAUCCUAAAACAUAUUAGUCCUGUACUGGAUGGAUUACAAAUGAAUUUGAAAAAGCAAUAGCAUUAUUGUAUAAAAUAAAUUCAAUAAUUUAGAUACUAUUAGCAUCAAUAAGAUUGCAUUGAAGAAAACAAUCUAAAUAAAGAUGAUGAUCUAAAAAGAUUUUGGAUUCAGGAUUUUGAUUUAAGAACUAAAAUCCUUAAUUAAAUACCUUAGAUUUGUAAAGAAUUUAAGAAUGCUCCAAAAAAAAAGAAUACAAAAUAAGAAGAUAUUUUAUGGACUCAACUCAUUUUNAAUAUAUAUAUAAGCAUCCAUUUUGUUAUUUUAAGUAGUAUAUAUUCUAUACAUUACUAUACUAAUUAGAUGUGA